AUGCGCAACUGGCUGUAUGUACAUACUUCUGUGCUUCACCGAUCGACUUGUACGCUCGUCAUUUGCCGAUACUCAAGGCUGCUGGUUGUCAACGAGACGGGGCUGCUCAAGCUCCGGGCAGGCCUCGGCCCGGCCGGUAACCGCUUUGGCCUGGGACAGCUUCCCGUAGAAUCGCUCCCGGAAGUCGCCAAGGUCGUCGCUUGUACCGUCGUUCGCACGCGUCGGGGAGACGGCAGUGGCGGCGGCGGCGGCGGCGGCGGCGGAGGUGGGCGGACCCCCGGCAUCGUUUGCGUUGCGAUGCUUGUGCCCCCGCUCCCGGCAUCCGCAGCCGUGGCGGUGGGCAACCACGGAGGAGGUGGCGGCGGGACUAAGCAGGGCGACGCAGCCGGAGGUCCUGCCGUGAGAGCGGCAGCGGCGACGGCUGCGGGCGGCGGCGGCCUCCUCAACGUGUACCCUCUGGACGGCGAGAGGGGCUCGGAGGUGGACCGAGCUCUGCGACGAGAGCCGCAACAGCUGGUGUUGCCUUACAUGCCGGUAGGGAUGGCGCACACAACGGUGUGGCGGAGUGUUGCCGCGCUCCCUAACUUUGUCGGAGGGGGAGGGAGCGGGGCAGGGGAAGGAGCCGGUGCGUCGUCGUCGUCCUCACCAACCAACAACAACAACAACAACAACCGUCGGGUUAGAGUCGAAAGAGGAGACGCCGUGCUCGUGUGGGACCAAAGCGGGAUGGUGCAUGGGUAUACGCGUUGGGAGGGCGGCGGCGACCGCCGAACCGCCGCCGACAGCAGCACCAGUAGGGGCGGAGGCGGAGGAGGUACGGGGAGCGGAGGGGGCGCCACGGGCCACGUCUCCAUUCUCACCGCGGAGUCCCGGGAGAGCCUCGAAACGCUGAUGCCAGAGCUCAGGGGCAUCGACAGCCCGGUGUCGUGCCUCGCCUUCGAUGCCGUGGAGGAAGGGGACGGCUGGGCGAGGAGGCGGAGAAGAGUGCUGGCCGGCUGCAUGGAGAGCGCCCGCUGCGUCUCGCUCCACGAUGCAGCCAGCGGGCGAAGAGAAACGGCGGUUGCUUCGGUCCCCGGCCCGGUGGGAGCCGUAGCGCUGAACGCGCGCCCCCGGUUCAUGCCGUACGACCGGCACGUCGACGACAGGUGGGGCGGAAACGUCGCCGGGUUCGCUUGCACCGAGCUCGACAUGUUGGCGUGGCUCGUGGAAGGCGGCAACGCCGCUGGUGCCGGCGUCGGUGGAAGGUGGUACACCGGCUCCCUCCCGUUGGUAGAGGCCGGCGGCGGCGGCGGCGACCAGGUGACGUGCAUGGAGUGCGCUGAUUUCUUCCGCGACGGCUCGACAGCGGUGGCCAUCGGCACGAACCUCGGCAAGGUUAUCGUCUACAGUGCUGAGCCCAACAACGGGGGCGGCGAAGGGGGCUUAGCCGGGGGUCUGGAGGAGGUUGGCAGGGUGGACGCCGGCGGCCGCAGCGGUGGCGAAGGGCUCGUGUUCGGCUUGGAGGUCGACGGUGACGACAGCAGCGAAGAGGACGAGGCAGGUUGUUCGUCGAACCCGGUUCAGCCGCCCUCUCGACGCGGGGACAGCGUUUCGCCACGGCCUUCCGGGUUGGCGUCGUCGUCGGCAGAUCGGCAGUUCCACUCGCGUCGCGUCGCGGACAGACAGGGGGGCGGCGGAAGCAGGGAACAACAACAGCAGCAACGGCCUCUGCUGACUGCAAGGUGGCAGCGGGAUUUGCCUCACGGGGUCCUUAGAAUCGCGUUCGGCGACUUCAACCACGACGGCGUAAGGGAGUUGGUCGUUGCGACGCAGUACGGGGUCCACGUGUUUCGGCCGGACUACAGGGCGGAGGCGAGCCGGUUCGCGAAGACGAUGCAUGCACUGAAGAUGCUCCAGCCGAAGGAAGACGACGGGGGCGACUUCAUGAGCAGCGCGAGCGACAAUGAUCAUGAUGGUCGACACGAAGGUUCCCGACCACGUGGCGCGGACGCAUCAGGGAUGGAGACUCAUGGCGUUGGUGCCGCCGCCUCGGAUGGUGCUGAAUAA